AUGCUGAAAGCAGAAGACACAGUGACGCCGCAGCUUCUUUGCCAGAUUCUUCAAACGAUUUGGGACAGUGACGAAGCGCCAAGCGACUGGAAGACCGGCAACAUCAAACUGCACAAGAAAGGAGACCUGGGGAACUUGGACGGUAUUCUUCGCCAGGAACAGGCAUGCUUCAGGAAAGGCAAGUCCUGCAUCGAACACAUCUUCGUCCCGAGGCAGAUCCUUGAGCAGUCUCAUGAAUGGAAUGGAUCCCUCUAUGUGGUUUUUGUGGACUUUGAGAAGGCCUUCGACAGCCUACACCGAGACUCCCUCUGGAAGAUUCUGGGACAUUAUGGCAUCCCUCAGAAACUUGUCAACGUCAUCAGGUCCUUGUACAAAAACUUUGAGUGCAGAGUCGUCCACAACAACCAGCUCACUGAACCAUUCAAGGUGGAAACUUGA